AUGACCCAGACCGGCGCUGCGGAGUCAGAGGUGGGAAGCGUGGCAAACGCUUCAAGGGAUCGAGACCCACCACCUGCCUUUGAUGGAAAGAACCCAGAUGAGAUGAAGAGAUACAUGCGGGAUCUCAGACUGUGGAGGUGGGAGACUGAUACUCCCAAGGUGAAGCAUGCGGUGAAGAUGCUCCGUCAGUUGACGGGUCCAGCUAGGGCUGCUGCGGAUGAAGUCUCGGUAGAGACAAUCAUGACUGAACAAGGGGCAGAUGCAAUUCUGGCCAAGCUGAAGGAGCACUUUCAGCCGCAUCUUGAGGCGGCCAUGCCUCGUGCCUUCGAGAGGGCAGUGUAUGGAGAGUCACGCAAGGCAAAGGAAUCCUUGCAGGAGUAUGUGAUUCGCUGUGACCAGGCCUUUAAGGAGCUGGCGGACGAGCAGGUAGCCUUGCCAGACGUGGUCAAAGGCUACAUCAUGUUCAGGCAGUGCAACCUGACACAGACGCAAGAGGACCAGAUCACGACUUGGACGCAGGGGAAGUACGACAGAGACCAGAUCGUAUCAGCCCUGCGGAAGUUAGAGAAGGUUCAGCGAGAGAAGAGUGGGUCCAAGACCUAUGUGGUGGACGCGGACGAUGAGCACGCGUCUGAAGAGAUCUUCACCACGAUCCUUGAAGAGGGCGACGAAGAGAUUGAGCAGUACGUGCACCUUGCUGAAGGUGACCUGGACCAGAUUUAUGAUGAGGCGGAUGUGCAUGCUGCCCUUGCCACCUAUCAGCAAGUGCGUCGAGCAAUCAGAGACCAGAAGAACUCCAGAGGCUUCAAGGGUGGCAAAUCCUUUGGAAAGGGCAGCGCUGGACGACCCGGCUUUGGCAUGAAGCUUCAGCAAGACUCGAGCUCAGCGGUGUCGUCGAGCGCAAAAGAGAGCAUCAUGAGCGGCAAGUCAGGUUUUGUGCAUGUAGGUAGUGAAGGGUCCACUAUGCUUUGCAUGAACUCCAGUUUUGUUCUUCCCCCUCUUUGUGAUCCACCUCCUCUUCAGAGCUCUAUCAGUUCCAGUUUGUCAUCAAGUGCACUCGAUGUCUCCAAGCAUGUUGAAACUCCAUGUAUUCUUUUGGGAAAGAAUGUUGGAUCGUUUGCAGAGAACAUGCAGUUUUGCGGAAUCACGACACAUGGUGCGUUUGGACUUGUGGACACUGCUGCACAAUCUGGACUAGUUGGAGUUGGAGCUUUGAAUCGUUUGAAAGAUGCUUUGAAAGAUCAUGGUUUGAAGGUGAGGUGGACUUCAAAAGUUGGUCAGGCAAGAGGUGUAGGAGGAGAGGCCAAAUGCAAAGGAGUGGUUGAGAUCCCAAUGGGUGUAGGUGGAGUUUGUGGGGUACUUGAAGCGACGGUUGUAGAAGACGAUGUGCCUUUAUUACUUCCUGUCAAACUUCUCAAGGACUUGAAAGCCAUCAUCGAUUUUUCACAAGAUCAGUUGUUUUUGAAGAAGUUUGGAGUGGGUUCUAUGCUGAGCACUUUACCAUCAGGGCAUGUGGCAGUUUCCAUUGUUGAUUUUGGAAGAGAUGGAUGGCAGCUUCCCAUUGAAGCGAAAGCCAAGGGCCUUGUGGAUUGCGAAUUUCGUUUGUUCACUUCCGAAGCUAUGAACAACUCAGUUCUGAUCUCCCACGAGCUCCCGUCUUUGUGUCCUUUUAUGCGCAAGGAUCAAGACGAGGAGAUGCGUCAGCCCACGGAGUCCGGAGGGGAGGUGAGAAACCCUCGAGCUCUGUUGCUGUGGCGGCGCGUGAUGAUCAAAAUUCGCGAGAUCAUGCAGAUCUUCGAGGGCAACGAGCAUCCCGAGCUGGUAGCCUUGCCAGAAGAUGGCUUUUCUUCUGGUUACUUGCUGCCACUCAGUGCGCAGGCACCGACAGUGCCAGCGUUGCCGACCUUUCCAGGGCAUUCCACCAAGCAAGAGCAGAUGGCCCAGCAAAUCAAGACAGGCAUCCCAUUGCCUCCACGCAAGAGUCAGCAAUUGCCACGAGUCUCCGUGGCGGCAUGCGCACACCCCACCAAGAGUCUAUGUGGUGGGGGCAACCAGCAUCAGAAGGAGGUGUGGUGCACCGAUUGCCAUGCCAGAUGGAAGGUGGAAACUACGGUGCGAAGCGUUGGGGCGACGGGCAAAGCUGCUGUCAAGGCAUCUCCUCUCACCACUCCGACGUCUUUGAGAACGUCACUGGGGAGCCCUACGUUGUCCCCUCCGACGAGCUCUAUGGCGACUCCAGCAAGCCCUCCGGCAACUCCCAAGAUGAUGCCGGUGGGAAUGCGAUGCAAGUGCAACGCUCCUGCGGAGCGAAUGACAGUCAAGAAGGAGGGUGCAACGAAAGGCAGACACUUCUUCAAGUGUCACCAGAGGAUCUGCGAUUACUUUCAGUGGGACCCGGAGGAGGUUCGAGCUCUGCAAGAGGCAAUGGCAUCCAAGAGUCAGAAAAGGGAACCAGAAGUCAGUCCAGAAGUUUGUCGACUGCGGGAGGAGCUGGAGAUGGAGAAGCGCAAGAUGACAGAAGAGCGUCUAUCAAUGGCGCAGGCACAACAGGUCAAAGAGCAGGAGACUGCAAACCAAUUCGAGAUGAUGAUGAGCCAAGCCAACCAGCGACACCAGGAGAUGAUCGAAGAGACGCAGCGCAGAAACGAGAACCUGCUGCAAGAAUCCAACCAGCAGCAUCAGCAGCUCCUGGACGUGAACGACAUGGCCUAUCGCACUCAUGUUCAGCAACUUCAGCAUCAACUGUGCUGGUUGACAACUCUGGUGGGCGAGGAGAGAAUUCAGGAGGGAGAACAUGAACUCAGCCAACCAAGGGCCCCAGUGAGCAGAGAAGUCUUGGGCAAAGAUUUGUCUCAUCAGGAUAUGAGCCAGUUGGAAGAGAAUGCCCCCUGGGUUUGCCAGGUAGUUGGAAGAGAGGCGCGAGACAUUGCAAGGAGGAUCCAGCUGGAGGAUAGAGACAAACCAGAGAGCGAGCAAAGAAUUCACAUGCAUUUUUGGCUGCAGAUUGGAGAUAUCUGGAAGUUUCACCACGGCAUUUUGCCUUGGGACUGCGAAGACAGUCCUAUCGCUGUCUCUUUGAUGACACAGCUUCCAGAGGAGAAUUUUCUAGAUGAAGUGGACGCUUGCUUGAACAGAGGAUGUAGAAAACGUUUGAGGAGAGAGAUUGACAAGCUGGUGGUUUCAGAACUCUACUCUCAGCCUCGCGUCGCAGUGAAGGCCACACAAGAAGGCCUGCAAGCUGGCACUUCAUUUGAUCUUCUCACAGGAUAUGAUCUGUCCAAACGGGCGGAUAGGCUGCGGUGUUGGAAGAAACUGCAACAGGAGAGCCCCGAUUUGAUUGUCAUUUGCCCUCCAUGUUGUCCAUUUUCGCCUUUGCAGAAUCUCAAUUUUGGAAGAAUGGAUCCCCAGCGAGCCAUAGCCAUUGUCGCUGAGGGAGUUCAACAUCUUGAGUUUGCGAUGGAAGUGUAUCAGUGGCAAGUGUCACGAGGCAAACUGGCUUUGUUUGAACACCCAGCACCAUCAAGAGCCUGGGAAGAGAAAUGUGUUCAAAAGGUACUCUCCAUUCCUGGGGUGUUUCGCGUCAGAGCUGAUCAAUGCGAGUUUGGGUUGAGAACACGUCCUGAGGAGGGCUUUCACAAGAAAGCCACAGAUUUCAUGGUGAACAGCCAAUCGAUGGCAGACUGCUUGUCUAUAAGGUGUCAAGGAGGACAUCGACAUCAGCAGUUGAUGGGAGGCAGAGCCAAAGCCGCAGAGAAGUAUCCACCAGCACUAUGCAAAGCCAUGAUAGAGGGACUGAAGAAGGAAUGGGCACAGAAUCAUCAACAAGUUUUUGUAGGCGUUUUGGAAGUUUUUCCAGAAGAUGGUGAUGUGGAAGAGGAUUUGGAAAGAGAGUUUGAAAAGGAGGCAAAGUUUGAGGAUGGCAUUGGAAAGGGUGUUCCAGCUCCAGAUGAUGGAGCAGACAGCGAGCAUGAGGAGGGAGUGAAUAUCCCCCGAGGUGUGUCUCGAACGGACAAGGCACUCAUCAAGAAACUUCACAUCAACCUUGGCCAUCCCAGUCGGGAUGAUUUUGCACGUGCUCUCCGCAUGAGUAGAGCCAGAGAAGAGGUUUGGAAGUUUGUGAAGAAUGAAUUUAGAUGCGAUGUUUGCGAGUCCAAAGUCCUCUCCAAACCUGCCAGACCCUCAGUUAUUCCACAGCACCAUGAAACCUGCAAAACUGUUGGAGUCGAUGUGGUCUUCAUGCCAACUCAUGACCCCAAUCGAAAUCUUCCUGUGCUCAACGUGGUGGAUUGGGCCUCAUGUUACCAAACUUUAGAACCUUUGGAAAACACAUCUUCAAAGGCAGUGUGGUUAGCAUUCCAGCGGUCAUGGUGCAGAACCUUUGGUAGUCCACAAAUUUUGGUGAUAGACCAGGGCACGGAGUUUCAAAAGGACUUCACUGAGAGGGCAAGUCAAGCAGGUUCACUUAUCAGAACCAUUGGCGCUAGAGCUCCGUGGCAACAGGGGAGGACAGAACGAUAUGGUGGGAUCGCCAAAGGUGUUUUGGAGAAGGUUUUGCAACAAGUAGGCCCCACAGAUCUGGAGGAGUGGAAGAUGUGCAUUUAUGCAGUAGAACAGGCGAAGAAUCGGCUGUUCAACAAGAGCGGAUUUUCGCCUGCCCAGCGUCAGCUGGGAGCCAACAUAAGAAUGCCAGGCUCUCUCUCCAGUGAGGACCAAUAUGACAUGGCCUUGAUGCGAGGUUCAGCAUCUCAGGAAAUGCAGAGAACGCUGGAAAUCAAGGAGGCGGCCAUGGAAGCCUUCAUUCGUCACACCACCACUGAGUCCAUCAGAAGAGCUGCAAAAGCGCGCACGAGGCCUAGACAAGACUUCAAGCAAGGUGAUGUAGUGUUUGUCUUCAGGAAACCUCUCCCCAGAAAGGGCUUUCAGGUGAACAGAGAAGGACGCAAAGCCACAUGGGUAGGACCGGGCACAGUGAUCAUGCCUGAAGGUCCGAACGUGUGGGUGUCUAUGAGAGGAGAGUUGUGGAAAUGCGCACGAGAGCAGGUGCGAUCAGCAACUCCUGAGGAGGAUGCAGCUUAUGGUCUUUUACGAGAUGAACUAGAAGAGCUUCAGCAAGAGAUCAGCCGGAAGGCAAGCAAGAGAGGAUUCAAAGACAUCACGCAGUGGGAUGUUCCAGGAGAAGCUGAGGAGGAUCCCAUGGAAGGUCCAAGCCUUGAACCACCUGAGCGAAGGCAGAGGGUUGAUUUAGGAGGCGGAGGUGGGGGCGGUGGCGAAUCGAGCUCGUCAUCAACCAGCUCCACCUCAUCCAGCUCAGAUGCUCAGAGUGAGCCCGGACAGCCUGAGAUGGGCAAGUCCGAGGCUGCCAACGGUCCCAUGGAGGCUAGCCACCCGGAAGGAGGGGGGCUCGGGCACCAUGGUGGGGAAGACCCCGGGCAGGCAGGGGGCGACAUGGGGCAUCAAGGUGAGAAGGUGCCCAAUGCUCCUAGUGCCAGCUCGACCGAAGCUCAGACAAGAGAGGGCCAAAAUCCACCUCUUAGAGCAACUGGUGCAGUGCCACGAUUGAGUGAACCUCGAAGAAGCGAUCAGAACUAUGGACCUGUGAGAGCGCCAGCACAUCCACCAAGACUCAGACCCUACAACACCACUAUGUGGACAGUCAGCACUGCGGAGGAAGUGGAGGAGGAGCAUGUUGGGCAACAAGAGGAUUUUUGGGAGUUCUUGCCUGAGGAAAGAAUUCUGGUGCGACAUCAUGUGGUCGCAAGACGUGGCUCCUUCAGACCAAAGAGCUCAAAGGGAUGCCCUAUCAAUACUCGAAAUUUGGAACCAAGUGCUUGGAGUUUUCAGCAGUUUGAAAGUGGAGAAGUUAGAAGUCAAAAGAGCUGGUGGAGAAGUCAGCGAGACAGUCAGGGUCCACAGCGUUUUUGGACUGGAUUCACUCAGUUCAAGUUGAAAGCCAAGGUGAAAGCAGAAGAGGUGAAUACCACUAUGGUAGCUUCAAAGUCAUCUGAUGAGGUCUUUGAAAAGGACAUCAAACCAGAGGAGUGGCCCGGAUGGCAAGUGGCUGAUGGAGAAGAGUGGAACAAAGUUGCAAGCACCAAUGCUGUCAAGGCAUUGAGCGUUGAGGAGUCUCACGAGGUAGAGAAGCAAUUGAAAGAAGCCGGAAGAUCCCAGCGCAUCAUGCCAUCACGAAUGGUAAGGAGGUGGAAGCCAGCUGAACUUCCUGGAGAACCUCCCAGCCGCAAGAGCCGCUGGUGCGUGCGGGGAGACAAGGAUCCAGAUCUCAUGAUGUUGGAAAGGUAUGCGCCCACGGCAACAACGGCAGUGAUUUCGAUUGCCAUGCAGACUGCAGCAUCCAUGAAUUUUCGAGGUGCAGUUGGCGAUUUGAAGAACGCCUUCAUGCAGUCGGACAGGCUGUGCCGACCAGAAGGUCGCAUUUUCUGUCGUCAACCUCGUGGUGGACUGCCAGGCCUGAAUCCAGCACAGCUGAUAGAGAUACUGGCAGGGGCAUAUGGACUGGGCGAUGCUCCAGCUCAUUGGCGGAGGUCUCUGAGAAAGGUGCUGCUAGAGCUGGGUUACGUGCAAUCGAGCAUGGACCCAUGCCUCUUUAAGCUCAUGAAAAACGGUGCUCUGGCUGGGCUUCUGAUUGUGGAGGUGGAUGACAUCCUUUCUUUUGGAGAUGCGUAUCAUUAUCAACUCAUGGAGAAGUUGCAAGAAAGGUUUAAGUUUGGCAAGUUCAAGUAUAUAGACCAAGAACCGGAAGGUGUGGGCUUCAAUGGAAGGCGCAUCAGGUUGAAGAACAACAACUACCUCAUUGACAUGCAGAAGUUCAUUGAGGAAAGACUCCAUGAAGUUCCUUUGGCUGUAGGAAGAGCGAAAGAAAAAGAUAGUGAUGCGACAGAAGAAGAAAGGUCUUCCACCAGAGCGAGCAUAGGAGCUUUGACAUGGGCAGCAAAAGAAGGGAGACCGGACUGUGCAGCCACAGCUAGCAUCAUAGCGAGCUGUCUCAACAAACUCAAAGUGCAGGAUGUUUUGGAUUUGAAUAGAGCAAUCAGAGAAGCGAAGAAAGAUGCCAAUUUGUGCUUGAAAAUCCAACCCAUUCCCAUUCAGCGUCUUCACUGGGGAGUCAUCACCGACGCAUCGUAUGCGAACACAGAGGGAAGCGCAUCUCAGGGAGCUUUUGGAAUUGUGAGUUUUGAUGAAGAUUUGUUGAAGUGCGGAAGAGGGGCAACCAAUUUGAUUUAUUGGAGGUCUGGACGCAUUCACAGGAUAGUCAAUUCAACUCUGGCAGCAGAAACUCAGUCCCUUUCACGAGGGUUGUCGGAGCUGGCAUGGACCAUCACCGUGUUCAACGAUCUCACGACUCCAAACUUUGAUUUGCGUGAAUGGCAGCAAGCUGCAAGAUCUCAACGUUUGCAUGCGCUAGUGAAAGACAAUACUGAAGAAGACUUGAAGAAGAGUUUGUGUGUGGUGGACGCAAAGUCAUUGUUCGACCACCUGGCGAAAGACACCAUCGGAGUCACGGAAGACAAGCGAACGGCGAUUGAAAUGCAGGUGAUCCGCCAGUCGAUGUGUGAGACCGGCGCGGCAAUUCGUUGGGUCAGCGGCAUGUUUCCAUCAUUGCAGCAAGAGAUCUUUUCACAGACCCUGGGCUCAGGGGGCACUUUGCGCCUCCACGAUGCCAGUGCCUGCCGCGUGUUCUGCCGCUUCCUCACCGCUACUGCCAAUGAGCAGCUGCGCGAGGUGCCGGAGAUUGCAGAGGAAACUGGCAAGCCAUAG